ACAAUAGUUCAGCUUUUGUUGAUGUGGGCCUUCCUUUCUUGCCUUGCAUUGUUGAUCUGAUCUAAUCAUCACCGCCUUGGGGUUAUUGUUACUGGGUUUUCCCUUCAUUGCUCUAUGUCUUGUCCUUGUGAUCCCUGAAGUCUAAUCAAAACUGAUUCAACCUUGGCCCCUCACUAGAAAGGAGUGGAGUUUCCUGAAGUACCACAAGCAGACAAAGGGUUUCGUUACUGUAGAGAAGUGAAAUAGAAAUUGAUGUAAAGGAAAAAAAUGAGUAUUCUCUCACUCGAAAAUCCACAUGCACAUGUCCCUGCUAUUCCCUUCCUCAUCAUUUGCUGCAAAUUAUUUUAGACUCUUCUUUUUGUCCUAUUGUGAGCAUUCUUACUCCUGGUCUUUUCAGUGAGAUAUCCAGGAAUGAUUAGUCUCCGGUUGCUUGUUUGCAGGCUAUACUGUGCAUAGCUUCUGUCUUUGGGGUUGUGGCUAAGAAGUAAUUUACUUCUAUGGGUGAAUUUCUUGUGGAUGAAACAGUGCUUGAAGAUAAGCAGAUGGGAGAGAGUGCUGCUUCCAAUCCAUCUUUGCAAGUGUCUGUUUCGUUUGGUAGAUUUGAGAACGAUUCCUUGUCAUGGGAGAGAUGGUCCUCUUUCUCUCCCAACAAGUACUUAGAAGAGGUUGAGAAGUGUGCCACUCCUGGAUCAGUGGCCCAGAAGAAAGCUUACUUUGAAGCCCAUUACAAGAAGGUUGCUGCUCGGAAAGCCGAAUUGCUGGCACAAGAGAAGCAAAGGGAGAAAGAUUCUUUCGGAUCACAAGAUCAAAGUGGAAUAGAUCUGAGUGGUAACACUGAUGCAGAACUUGAUGUAUCCACCACUCAAGGUUCCAAUGAAGGGGUUCAGCAAGAACAAAGUUCUGCUGAGAUCCAUAGGACCAUUGUUAACGAUUUUGCGGAGCAAGUUGCAGUUUCAAGUGAUUACCAAAGUUCAUCAGUUGAGGUUGAGAAUAAAGAACCGGAAACUAGAUCACAUUCACAUAGUUUCUUCCAGAUAUAUGAACCUGAAGAUGUAUGCACGAAACAAGAAGAAAAUCCUAACAUUGAAGCUGAAGAUGUGAAGGAAAUUUCACAUGUUGUGUACAAGGAGACAGGAAAGGCUUCAGAAAUUGAAGCAAAAGAUGUGAAAUUGGAUCAUCCAAAGGAAUCUAAGGUUAAAUCUGUGAAUAGGGUCAGCAAUGCAGUCAAGACUAAGAAGAAGUCAGAGUUACCUACUGCUAAGGCACCCCAAAUUUCCACACCAAGAAGUUCAAAGCCUGCACCAACUCCUACCAAAACAGUCACACCGACUUCUUCAACUAAGAAGGGAAAUUCUCCAUCUUUAACUAGGAGGCAAAUUGCUUCCAGUGGGGAGAGCAGAAAAGUUGCUAACAAAUCUUUGCACAUGUCCAUGAGCUUGGCUCCAAGUAAUCCGGAUCCAGCUCCUCACACUACCAUGAGGAGAUCUUUGAUUAUGGAGAAAAUGGGGGAUAAGGACAUAGUCAAACGAGCAUUUAAGACAUUCCAGAAUAGUUUCAACCAGCAAAAAAGUUCUGGUGAAGACAGAUCUUUGAUAAAGAAACAGGUUCCUUCAAGAGGGACCGUGUCAAAGGUUCCAACAUCUACAGCUUUGAGGAAAGAAAAUGGACGGCCAACUAAGGUUGAGAGUCUGGAUAAAAGUGGAAAUGUCGUACGAAAUACUUUGGGCCCAAAAAGUAACAUUAGAGCAGAGAAAGGGAAAGAGUCUUCAAGAAAAAUAGAGGAAAAAUCUAACACAAAAGGGGUGGAAAGAAUGCGUCCUCAAUCAAAGUUGAAGGAGGAAAAAGAGGCAGAGAUGAAAAAGUUAAAACAUAAUGUCAAAGGCACACCCUUACCUGCUUUUUACCGUGGUCAAAAAGUAGUGAAAAGUCGUCCAGAGAAGGGCGAUGCUAAAACUUAGAACCCUUAAUGGCCCCACAAAUGGUAAAGGAAGGAGAAAAGAGGUUAAAUACAUCAGUGUGUCAGGUAGAUCUGUAUGUUCAGGGGAAGUGUUAAUGGAAACAGUUCAAUGCUAUGAUAUUCUUGUUUAGUAAGCAACAGAGGAGCAAUCCUCUAGUUAAAAUAUAGGAGCUUGUGAACAUUGUGAGGAGUAAGAGAAAGGAGAAGGCACUCGCACCCCUCCUAGUCUCCUAGGCUAUAUCUUGGUUAGAGAAUAAUAUUGUAUAAUGUAUGUAAUGUAAAAUGUGCAUAUAUCUUUGUAAUUGGUGGCAUCAAUUUUCUUCUUUACCCGUCCUAUGGGUGAUUUAUAUGUUAUUUAACUCGUUGUAGACCAUAAAUCUGUAAGAAGCUUAGGUGAUAUAAACCUUGUCGAUCAGUAGAGUUCAACUCACCCAUCUCCCCAUUCACGUGCAUUGAUGCAAGACUUUGUUACACUGGGAAACAUGAUUGAAGUAUUUUCAGAAUCAA